AUCUGUUUUUACGCUACAAAGCUCCACUAGUAGGUUACGGGUAGAUGGUCAGGUUCACCCCAAACGAGUAGUUUUAUAUACAAGACGUGCCGUAUGAAGAUCUACAGCAGUUUUUAAGAUGUUCACCUGUUCCUGGAAGUGCUCCAUUCAUUAAAAGAUGGAUUUUGAAUUCUUCAUUGAAAGAUGGAUUUGGAGGUCACCAUGCUUUUGUCACAAACAAUAUCUUGAAAGUAACCAGAAAAAUCACCUGCUGUAAAAAGCGCCGGGCCUCUGAUCUCGGAUCUCAGCUACAAUGUUCUGCACAUGGAUUCUGCAUAUGGUUGGAUUCGCUCUGCUGGUCAGGGGGGGCAUCAGUGAUGACAAGUGUCCUCAUCAUGAAGUCAAGCCUGGGAAAGAUUCUGCAGUGCUGGAUUCCUUGCAGUGCCACAAUGACUACAUGAGCUAUGCACAGUGCACAUGGGAGGUCGAUCCACAAGUUCAUCCACAAGAAAACACGCAUGAAUUGUACUACUGGGACGCAACUAUAGACGAAGAUACACAUUGCGUCUCGAAUGCAUCUGGUGUGCUUUUAUCCAAUGGGAAGAUCUCUCACGUGUGCAGCUAUAACUCUGAGAGGUUUAACUUAUAUACAAGUCACAUUCUAUACUUCAAAGUGCCCUGUGUGCACAGAGCCACAACUCUCAGAGUUGCUCAGCACGGAAAAGUUAAGGCCCCAAUUGAUUUGACAGAGAGGGUGGCUGAUGGCGGAGGUCGUCUGCUGUCCUGGAGAAGCCCAUAUCCUGUAUCCUCAAAUAUCACAGGAACUCUUGUGUACCAGCUUCAGUAUCGCAGAUACAUGCAUGACUGGACUAUUGUGGAUAACACCAGUGCUUCUGAGUAUAUGAUUGACAAGGAGUCACUGUUGUCUGGUUACCGUUAUCAAGCCAGAGUGAGGGCGCGAGGUCCAGUGGGACUCUGGAGUGACUGGAGCCCCCUGGUGUCCUGGAAGACUCACAAUGAUGGAGCCUUUAACCUGCAGUGCGUGAUAGCGGGAGAAACAAAUGUGACCUGUACCUGGCAAAUGAAGACAGAACAUUAUCAGUUUAUGUCUUAUCAUCUCUGGUGCAGUAAUGGUGAUAAUCUCUCCGUUUGUUGUGAAGAUCCUCAGCUGAAGUCGAGAGAUGUUGAGCUUUCUGAGUUCAUGUGUUUGGUAAAAACCCUGGACCCUUACCUGUUAACAGUGGAGCUGAGACAAGUGUACUACGCUAGGACGUUCCGUACUUCAAAACACAUUAAACUUUCACAACCUGACCAGAUCCAUGUGAAGGAAGGCGAUGGCGUUUUCAUACUGAACUGGUCUAAACCAGUUGUUUCCACAGAUAUUCAGUUCUCCAUCCAGCUAAAAUUCUCGACCAACAAGACCUCAGAAAUUUUUACACUUUCUGAAGGGGAGAGCAAUUUUGACCUUUACUUUACGAAUCUACAUCCUUCAACUGAAUACCAGGCCCAGAUCAGAUUACUACCUGAACCUGACGAUACUUAUGUCAUUGAGCCAUCAGAAUGGUCGCAACCAGUAGUGUUCAAAAUUAAGCCAGCUCAGUAA